AUGCCCUCCUCCUCCCCUGCAGACGUCGAAGAACAGCAGCACACGCUCAUCACCCCGGACGUGCCCCCAUCUCACAACACCCACACAAACAACCGCCCCGACUCCAUCAUGUCGCGCUUCAACAUCCCCAUCUCCGCCCUGACGUCCCGCAUGGACCUCUCCGGGCGCUUCGACGGCCUGCGCUCCACCUCGGUCUCGUCGCGCUUCGCCAACCUGCGCCCCGUCGGCGAGUUCCUCGACUUCAAGCGCAUCUCCAAGCCCGCCAACUUUGGCGAAGCCCAGAGCCGCGUCAACUACAACCUGGGCUACUUCUCCAGCAACUACGCCGCCGUCUUUGCCAUGCUCAGCAUCUACAGCCUGCUCACCCACCUGCUGCUGCUCUUCGUCAUCAUCUUCGUCAUUGCCGGCAUGUACGGCAUUGGCAAGCUCGAGGGCAACGAUCUCCAGCUCGGCACCUGGCGCGCCACCACCUCGCAGCUCUACACCACCCUCGCCAUCAUCGCCAUUCCCCUCGGCCUGUGGUCGUCUCCCUUCUCCGCUGUCCUCUGGCUCAUCGGUGCCUCCGGUGUCACCAUCAUUGGCCACGCUGCUUUCCUCGACAAGCCCAUCGAGUCGGCUUUUUCCGAGGAGGCGGUCUAG